AUGUUUUUUCAGGUCUCAAGUCUUUUUGCUGCGCUCUCUUUAAGCUCAAAUUACUUGCAUACUUCUGCUCCACGACCUAUCGGUCUCUCAAAGACAGAUCUCUGUGCUUUAGACUGUGAUCAAUCACAUUAUGCACUCGAUGUGAUACAAGUUACCCCGGAACCACGUCCAACGCGACAUUCAAAUGUGUUUCCCACGAUUUUUUGCUUUGUAAACACGAUUUCAAUUCAUCACAAGACCCGAGCACGAGCCGUGGCGGAAACAUGGGGUCAACGCUGUGACAAGCUCAUGUUCUUUAGUAAUGUAACAGAUAAUAUUGUGGUGGGUAAAUUAAGCUACGAGGUUAUUAAAAUGGACGUCACUGCAGACCACAAUCAUCUGUGGCAGAAACAUAAAGCGACGCUACGCUACGUGCACGAGCAUUUUCGACACGAGUAUGACUGGUUCUACAAGGCUGAUGAUGAUGCGUACGUUAUAAUGGAGAAUUUGAGGAAGUAUCUAAGACAACCGGAGAUUAUGCAGACGUACAAGCAAGAGCCCAUGCAGAUGGGACAUAGGUUAAACUUGACGCAGGACUUAGUGAGUUAUUAUAUUGUGGACGACAUGUUAGAGAAUAUUUGGAGAUCUCGAUGGGACAGGUGGGUGUUUAACUCCGGUGGACCUGGGUAUAUCAUGAAUCGACUGUAUCUGGACAAGAUCGUAAGCAUCUUGCCGGACUGGACGUGCUUAUCGGGUAAACACGAUGAAAUGCUGCCAGACGAUGCAUCAAUUUCGUUUUGUAUGAUGUGGCACAACGUCUUUCCAUGGGAUACACGCGAUCUUCAGAGUCGGGAGCGAUGGCACAUCCUACGGCCCAAGGAUAUUUACUUUAACGCAUAUUCGAAUCUACCGGAGUUUUGGUAUAUACAGUACCAUCAGCACAUUGGCGGAGUGAAGUGGAAGCAACAUGGUGUUGCGCCUGACAGCAUAGCCUUCCACUACAUCAACCCUACGCUCAUGUAUCAUCUCGAGCGGACACUUUACUUUUGUCGCACUGAAGAUGACGUGCAAGAUAUUGCUGCUUUCAAUGAGAAGUAUGGUCUUGCUCUAAGUGAUGACGUCAUGGUGUAUGGAGACGUGUAG